UUGCUGGAGAGAGAAAAAACUCUGCCGGCUGUAGCUUGACUGGAGGGUUUCUCUGUCUGGUGUGGCAUUCACAUCCAGCAUCGCUUGGCUUCCCCUGCUCACUGGUCUGACUCCAGGGACUUGAAGUAGGCAGAAUAGACAGACAGCAAAGAAAUACAGAGUGCAUGUAUGGUGGAGAGAGAUAAGUGAGUUAUAAGCAGGAGUGAAAAAGAACAGAGGUCCACGGAACAGAAAAAAGGAAGAAACGUCUGAGAAGACAAGCAGUCGAGAAGGAAUCUAAAAGUAAAGUGUUGAAAAGAGGUUGAUCCGCUGAUAUUACAAAUCCACCAACAUGGCAGCCAUGGAAGCACUGGAACCAUCAAGUAGCCAGCUAGAGCCUCAAACCCUCACUGAGAUCUCAGAUGAUGAGAUCAACCUCCCACCCUCAGAUGAUGAAGAUGAUGCCUUGGCUGCAGCCAAGAAAGAGCUGUCCACCAUGGGUACAGAGGGGGACAACACCGAAGACAAGGACGAGGCAGCGAAGCUGGAUCCACAGGCAAAUGGGGUCAUGGUACUGUCUCUGCUUGACAAGAUCAUUGGGGCGGUGGACCAGAUCCAGCAGACCCAGAGUGGGCUGGAGGCCAGGCAGCAGGAGAUGGAGCGUUCGGUAACCAGCAUCCAAGGCGAGCUGACAAAACUGUCCAAGAGUCACAGCACCACAUCCAACAGCGUCAAUAAGAUGAUGGAGAAGGUACGCAAGGUGAGCGUCAAUGUCAAGACAGUGAGGGCCACACUGGAGAAGCAGGGAGGCCAGAUCAAGAAGCUGGAGAACAACGAGGCAGAGCUGCUCAAGAGGCGCAACUUUAAAGUCAUGAUCUACCAGGAUGAAGUGAAGGUUCCCUCAAAACUCAGCAUCUCUAAAUCCAUGAAGGUUUCUGAGUCUGUGUCAGGAAGCAGAGGUGGCAGUCUGCUAGAGCUCAAGGAAACGGUGGAAGAGGCUGAAGAGGAGGGAGGAGAAGGAGAGAAGGCAGACAAACCCCAUGUGGACCUCUCGUCAGAUGAGGAGGGCGUGGAGCUUGAGGAGACCAUCGAGGAGACUCGAGCUGAGCGGAUCAAGCGCAGCAGCCUGCAGCGUGUGCAAACCCUGAAGACCGUUUUCUCAAAGGAGAAGAUGGAUAAGACCAGAGCAAAGACCAAAGAGAACCUGGAGAAAACCCGGCAAAAGACUAAGGAGAACCUUGAGAAAACAAAGCAGAAGACAAAGGAGAACCUGGAAAAGACCAAGCAGAAAACCAAGGAGAAUUUAGAAAAGACCAAGCAGAAGACCAAGGAGAACCUGGAGAAAACACGUCACAACAUCGAGAAGAAGAUGGGAAAACUUCAAACGCGCAUGACUGUCAAUCCUGACCGCAAACAGAAGAUGAAGACGUCCAGUGAAAAGAUGAAGAAGGCCUUUACACCAGACCACGUCGUUUACGCUCGGUCCAAGACUGCUGUGUACAAGGUGCCCCCCUUUACCUUCCAUGUCAAGAAAGUCCGUGAAGGUGCUGUUGAGGUGGUCCAAGGCACUGAGAUGGUGGAGGUGUCCCAGGAUGCUGACCCCUUCAGUGGGGUAGAUGGAGAAGUUGAGGAAGGGGGAGUGGAGGUUGAGAUGGAGAUGAUGAAUGGAGGAGGAGAUGAGGAAGAGGUUGAUGAAGAUGAAGAGGAGGACAGCCAUGAUGCCUUGGAGGAGAACGAGGACAGAGAUAGAGACAGCGACUAAAUAUAGAGCAAGGAGUUUGCCAAGACCCUUCAAAGUCCUUUGCACCAACCCUGAGGUUCUUUUGUGAAAAGUAAAAUAAAAAAAUGUUGGGAUUUAGAACACUGCUAAAAAAUGAUUGAGGCUAAUUACAAAUGGGGUCCUAUUUUUAUAAUUCUGGCCAUUAUUUUUUCCAGUUCAGAUAACUUUGUACUCAUUAAAGUACCUUCUGAGAUCAUGCCAAUGUCACUACAGGUUUGAUUGAUCAGCCAUAUGAUCAGAAGGUAGUGAACAAGCCAACAGAAAUAGUGCAUCCAAAUUCAUUGUAGUAAUUCUUCAUUGCACAGCAGCUCUCUAUGCAAGCAUAACACUGGUAAAUAUUGCAGGUCAAAGUUAUACUGCCAGGCUGGUUAUGUCUGCCUUUGUAUUCUUUUCAGAAAGAAUUAGUCAAAAAUUGUGUGAAAGCUGCAGACAAAGCUAGCCAUGUGAUCAUGAAGAAAGAAGAACAUCUAGCAGCUAAGCGGGCAGAUAUUUUCCUCAGGUUGAACUAACUACAAUAUCUUAGAAUAUAAACAACUCCAAAUGGACGCUAGCGCUUCAUGUUUGCCAGAGUUGUAAAUAAGUAUUCUCUAACACAUUUUACACACUUUAUAUAGUGAUGGUAGGUGCUUUGUUCUUUAUAGAUACUUGUACUGCCUUUAAAAGGUCAGAAAAUUGCAUGGAACAAAAACGGUGUGAGGAAAUAGAAGAUACUAAUUACGUAUGUCCCAGCUCAUUUUUAACCUCCAGUCAUCAAUCUAGCAAUGAGUUGUUACAUUUCCAAGUGUCAGCAGGUAACUUAGUAAAGAACGUCUUUAUUACUGAAAAUAGGAAUGAUGGCCAAAAUUAUAAAAAUAUGAUGCAAUUUGGAAAAAAAUAGCUGUCAUUUAUGAGAAUCACAAUUCAAAUGACUUAGUUAAAUUCUUCUCACAUUUGCAAAAGCACUUCAAGGGUUGUUUCGAGUCCAUUUGUGUUCUGUGGAGUAAAUGAUGAUGAAAUAAGAGAGGAAGACAAAAAUGGAACAACUUUGCGGUGGGUAAGGGUAGGGAAGAUACGAUGGGCGACAGGACACCAUCAUCCCCUCACAUCAAAGUGUCUGGAUUUCAUUUUCUGUUUCAUUUUUUAUGUCAAGACACUAACCAUUCACAACUAGUGUGAUGAGAAUAUGAAAAUGACUCUCCUGUCCAUUGAAUUUCAGCAGUGUUUGAUGAAAAUGAUCUUGGGUAUAGCAGAUUCCCAGCACACUGAGUAUAUAUUCAUGCUUAUCCAGACGUUCUUUGUGCUUUAGAAAUAUCACAUAUCACACACACAAAACUAUUCCUUCCACGUUGUUUGCUGUUCAGCUGUUUUAAUGCUUAAAUGUUAUUCUACUCUGCUUCAUUUACCAUAUUUAGUGGCACAGUGAUGUCUGUUAUAUUUUUUGCUUUUGAUAUGCACAAGUAUUUGUGUAUGAUUUUGUAUACGAUCACUCAUGACGUAAGGCGGAUGUUGUCUCUUUUUCAUUACUGGCAGAAUGUAGCCUAAUGGCCGUCUCUUCAGCUCAACUCGUUUAAUGCAGUAUUUUUAUGUAACAUUCUGCUGUCAUUGCUCCCAAAGAAUAACCAUUGCCUGUGAAAAUGAAGGUUUGCAAAAUAUAAAAUAGAGACAUAACAUUUCCCUCACUAAUGAAAUUUACUUGUGCUAUUUUCUGAUGAGAUUUUUGUUCUUUAAAAUCUGUUAUGAGUUAUUCAAAAAAUGUGUUCCAUAAGUAAACUAAAUAAGGACCAAUAUGUUCAGCACACAUAGUUUAGACUCUAAUGGACACUGUACUGUUGCAGUCUGACACUGACCCCUAGUGUCCAGUCAUCUCACGAUAAUCUUCUCUGCUCCAGAUUAAAGAUGCAUUUCACCACAUCUUUCAGCUUCUGUUUCAAAUGACAAUUUUUAUUCAGAUAUUCCUACUUUUAUUCACAUUUACGUGUUUUAAAUAAGAUGUAUAAAUGUGUUUAUGGUAUUUUAGGAGUGCCUUGCAAAAAUGAAUUUAAGAAUUCAUGUUUUUCUCUCUUGAAUGUUUUGCUUUGACUGCAUUUUUGUAGCCGAUACAUUUUCAUCUGCCUAUGCAUUUUCUUACGUAAUCCUGAUGGAGGGAUGGAGGAGGUUGCCACCUAUCCAGGCAUGCUGAAGGGUGUUCGCUCUGGAUGGGUCUGUAGUCAAAAGAGCUAAUGCUGAGACAAACACAGGAUACAUGUUUGGAUCCAUGUAAGACAAAAGAGCACCACAGUAUCAAAGUUUAGCUUCAAGCUCAAACUCACCACCAUUUCAUUUGUGUUCCUUCUUUCAUAUAAUGUGAAGCAGUCCCAGUGCAGAUUUAAAACCAGCAGUUUUGCUGUCUGCCGCCUGCACUUCUUCUGUGUUUAUGAUGAUGUUUGCACAGAUUUAACAGUGCAACACAUGACCCUUACAUAUGAACAACCAAAAAGAUACUACCCUUGUGCAGUUGUGGUAGAGGCCUUCAGUGGUUUAAUGCUCAGACCUUCAUAAUGGAUCAACAGUGCCAUGUCUGUCGGAGCACUAACAACAUGCAGCUGCAACGAGGCCUGUGCCAACCAAACACAAAUGCAGUUCACAUUUAACUGUUUCCUUGCUUUUGUUUUUGUCAGUAACUGAUUCCUGUAUAAUGUUGCAUUGCUUAACCACUAAUGAUUUAAUUAAUAAAAACAAUUUGGUUCACA